AUGGCUCAAUCCACUCCCGACGAAUCACCAGCAUCAGAUAUCUACCAUGAACAUCCCCGCACAGAAACCCAGCCACUUAUUGAACGCGGUCAGCUCUAUCCAUCGCCACUACCAAAAGUUCAAUUGGGGGUUUUGUGCUUCCUUCGAAUGUUGGACCCUAUGAGUUUCACGCAAAUAUUUCCCUAUGUCAACCAAUUUAUGUCUGAUCUCGGUGUCGCAAAGGAUCCCUCACAAAUUGGUUUCUACAGCGGUCUAGAGAGCUCAUUUGCUGUUUUCCAAUUACUUUCAAUCUAUCCUUGGGGUCUUUUGUCUGAUAAUAUUGGCCGCCGACCUGUAGUUCUUUGGGGAGUCGCGAGUCUGGCAAUCGUUACCAUACUGUUUGGCUUGUCGCCUAACUUUACGACUGUGAUCAUAGCUCGAGCGCUUGCCGGGGCGUUUUCUGGGAAUGUUGCGGUCAUUCCGUCUAUGUUGUGUGAGAUCACAGACAGUAGCAAUCAAUACUUCGCCUUCUCGUUUUUUGGAUUUUGGUGGCCAUUGGGUGCGAUUAUGGGACCAUCAAUCGGCGGGUUCCUCUCCAGACCGGCCACAAAACACCCUACAUACUUUGAUUAUACCUUUUUCAAACGUUUCCCUUACUUCCUUCCUUGCUUCACAGUAUCGCUUUUUUCUGUUGUGGGUUUUUUCCUGGCCUUUUUUCUUUUGCAGGAGACUCUCGAUCAACAACCCAACGAGGCCACUCAGAGUGGCAAAACAUAUGGUACAUCGGGGAUGUUACAGCGACCGCCACUGAAACCACGCAAGUCUUCCAGCUUGCGUCAGCUUAUGUCUGUGCCGAUGAUUCGCGCGUUGUGCGCGUCGGGGUGCGCCUUGAGUUUCUUUUCGACUGCCUUUGAUGUCGUCUUUGUUCUCUUCUGUUAUUCUCCUAUUUCAGAAGGUGGACUUGCUUUCUCUAUUUCACAGAUAGGGUUCGCUUUGGCGAUUUCAGGGGCUAUCGCCGCAUUACUCCAGGUCGUCUUCAUGCCCACAAUUCUUCGUCGCGUUGAUCCUGCAGUCAUGUACCAUUUUUGUAUGAAGUUGUGGCCCUGCGUUUUCCUUGCGCUUCCUUUUCUCAACAUUGUCGCUCGGCGGGGGGUAGCGAUUGGCGACUCUGAACGAUACUCUUUCUGGUUCUUAUGGGGCGGAAUUGCUUUGACUUUGUCUGUGGCCCGAGUGGCGUUUCUUGCAUAUUCUGUAAACAUGCUCCUCAUCAAAGCAUAUUCCCCAGACCCUGCAUCCCUGGGCUCUACGACUGCGCUGGUGCAGUUCUCUAUUUGUUUUUCACGCGCUUUUAGUCCUGCCCUUGCAAGCGCUGCCUUCACCUUGACAAGCACUAGUCCUUUUCUUGGAGGUUAUACGUGGGCAUUGCUCAUGGUAUUGUUAUCUGGGACAAGCUGCCUUUUUUCUAGGAAAAUUGUAGAGCAUAGAUAUAGUUCAUAG